GUUGUGGCCACAGCAAAAGUGCUUAACCCAAGAUGAAGUGCUUGGCGUUUGUGCUCCUGGCGGCUGCCGUUUGCGCUUCCGAAAUCGAGAAGCGAGAGGCGGAGCCCAGCGUAGUUUAUCAUUCCGGCUACAGAACUUCAGUCUAUCCUCUACCGUCCUACGGACCAUCUCUCCCUACUCACCACCACAAGAGAUCUGCAGAUGCUGAGCCUUCCAAUGCUUAUGGUAUUAGGACCAUCUCCCACACUCCUGUUUAUGGACACAACGUUCAUACACUCCACAAAAGGGCUGCUGACGCUGAAGCUUCUCGACUUUACUCUCACAGAAGCUAUUCUUCCAUCCCCGUAACCCACGGAGGAUACCGGUUGCACAAGAGGUCUGCUGAACCAGAAGCUGAGGCUGAGGCGUCUCGUGGUUAUCUCCCUUAUCUUCCAUAUGCUCCAGUUGCAACUUACGGCCGACACAUCUACAAGAGGUCUGCUGAACCAGAAGCAGAAGCUGAGGCUUCUCGUGGUUAUCUCCCUUACCUUCCAUACUCUCCAGUUGCAACUUACGGCCGACACAUCUACAAGAGGUCUGCUGAACCAGAAGCUGAGGCUGAGGCUUCUCGUGGCUAUCUCCCUUAUCUUCCAUACUCUCUAGUUGCAACUUACGGCUGACACUUCUACUAGAGGUCUGAG